AGCUGGAGUAAAGGGAGCAGGCGACGCGUUUCUUUGUUGGCCGCCUCAGAUUAGUCGCUCCGUUCCGAUGGAGCCGUGCUUCAGGCUCGCCAAUACGCUUCUUUAUAUCUGGCUCCCUCACGCUCUGUUCCCGUCCAGCGGGGCGGCGCAGCUCAGCCCAAGCGUGGCUCUUAGCCAGUCAAGGAAUGGCAGCAGUGCAGUACUUCGGAAAGGAGAUCCUAGUGCCCUGGGAGAGCAGGUAUUUGCAACAUCAAUUUAUAACUCUUCAUCCACCACAGUAUCAUCUUCUGGGGAAAGAAGAUUUCGCACUACAAUCUGUGAAUCAUCCAAUUCAUUCACAUGCUUUAAUGGAGGCGAGUGUGUGCACUGGCAGUUGUGUGAUUGUAGUCGAUACAAUGCAACUGGAACAAGAUGCCAAAUAGUAUAUAACACAGGAGCAGAACGAGAUAAUAUUUGCCGAACAUGGGGACAAUACAAUUAUGAAACCUUUGAUGGGCUUUACUACUUUUUCUCUGGGAAAUCUACAUAUGUUCUUGUGAAUCAGAAUGAAAUGGAUGAGCAGAGCUUCUCUAUACAGGUACAUAAUGAUCCAGAGUGCAAUUCGUCUCCCUAUUCUUGUAAACGAUCUGUUAGUUUGUACUUUUCUGGAGAAGGGGAAAUCAGAUUAAGUAAUGAGGUUACUUACAGAGGAACUGGAGUGCAAUUACCAUAUGCUACAGGAAAACUCUAUAUUCAAAAACUAGCUGGAUAUGUCAUUGUUAGACACCAGUACGCAUUCUCUCUGGCAUGGGAUGGUACAUCUUCUGUUUAUAUUAAGAUGGCCCCUGACUAUCUGGGAAAAACUCAUGGAUUGUGUGGUAACAACAAUGCCAUUUUGCAAGAUGAACUUGUUACGAGUUAUGGAAUCCUUACAGAAGACAUUGAAGAGUUUGUAGAAAGCUGGAGAGAAAAUCCUCCCCAGGAAAAUAUCUCCUGGGAUACCUCUUUUAACUAUGAGCCACCCUGUUUGACUCAAACGCGAGCAUUUUUACAGAAGUCUUACACAUUAUGCAACGUGCUACUCUGGCCCCCCUUCAAACCGUGUCAUGAAUUUGUGAGUCCAUACCCUUUCAUGGCCAGUUGCACUAACGACUUGUGCAUGUCAGCAGCUGGUAAUGCUACAUGGUGUCGCUCAUUGACAGAAUAUGCAAGGGCUUGUGCUCAAGCAGGAAAACCUCUUCAUGAGUGGCGGGCACAGUUUGAGCAAUGUGCUAUUAUAUGUGAGGAACAUCUUGUCUACAGUGAAUGUAUUGACUGUUGCCCAGUUUCAUGUCAGCAAAAAACUCACUGUGUUGACAGUGAACUUACAUGUGUUGAUGGAUGCUACUGCCCAGAGGGACUUAUUUAUGAAAACAGAUUAUGUGUAAACCCUACGGAAUGCCCUUGUGAUUACCAUGGAACUAUUCACAGAACCGGUUCUGUGAUUCAUGAAGGAUGCAACAAUUGCACAUGUGUUGGAGGAAAGUGGAUUUGUACAAAUCUUACCUGUCCGGCUGAAUGUUCAGUCUCCGGAGAUAUACACUUCAUGACAUUUGAUGGACGCAAGUACACAUUCCAAGCUGCCUGCCAGUAUAUACUGGCAAAAAGCCUUACCUCUAAUAAAUUCACUGUUACACUGCAGAAUGCUCCUUGUGGACAGAAUCAAGAUGGAGCUUGUAUCCAAUCAGUCAUCCUUGUCCUUGACCAGGACCCCAAGAGGCAAGUGACUUUGACCCGUUCAGGAGAUGUUUUGGUAUAUGACCAGUACAAAAUUAAUCUGCCUUAUAUUGAUGAUUCUUUUGAAAUACGGAAACUUUCCUCUGUAUUUUUGCAUAUAAAGUCAUAUAUUGGAUUACAAAUAUUAUAUGACUGGGAGGGCUUAAGACUUUAUCUCCAAGCUGAUGCUAGAUGGAAAGAUGAUACUGUAGGUUUAUGUGGAACAUUUAAUGGAAACACUGAAGAUGAUUUUUUAUCUCCAGUAGGAGUACCAGAAAGUACACCUCAGCUUUUUGGAAAUGCCUGGAAAACUUCAUCAGUCUGUGGACCAGAGCAUGACAGUUCACCAGUAGAUCCAUGUGAUGUUCACCUACAAGCAGCCUCUUAUUCAACAGAAGCUUGCAGCAUCAUUACGAAAGAACUCUUUGCCUCAUGCUUUUCUUAUCUCAGCCCUCUCCCCUAUUUUGAACAGUGUAGAAGAGAUACCUGCAAAUGUGGGCAGAUCUGUAUGUGUUCUGCUGUAGCCCAUUAUGCUCACCAGUGCCGCAAAUUUGGAGUAGUCAUAGACUUUCGAAAUUAUGUCCCAGAAUGUGCUCUUUCAUGUGAAGAUACAAAGGAGUACAGUACCUGUGUAUCUACCUGUGGCAGAACCUGCCAAGCAUUAUCCAUGCCAGAGACGUGCAGUGGUGAUUGUGCUGAAGGCUGCACCUGUCCUCCUGGAAUGUAUCUGAACAGCAGAACUGACAGAUGUGUACAACAAAGUCAAUGCCCCUGUUAUUUCCAGGGUAUUGACCAUCCACCUGGAGAAAAUAUAGUCACAUCUUUGGGAAAAUGCCACUGCAGAAAUGGAGUAAUGAACUGUGAGAAUAGCAACACUGUUCAUGACUGCCCUGAUGAGCAAAUCUAUAUUAACUGUAGUAAUCCACAAACCAUGGAACUUGGCAGGGAAAGAACUUGUGAAAAUCAGCUGCUGAACCUCACUGUUUCUACUCAUCAACCUUGUUUUUCAGGGUGUGUGUGUCCUCAAGGUCUUGUUAAACAUGGUGAUGCAUGCUUCAAGCCAGAUGAAUGUCCAUGUUCUUGGAAAGGCAAAGAAUACUUUCCAGGAGACAAAGUAGUUUCUUCAUGCCAUACCUGCAUCUGUCAUCAUGGCUCAUUUGAGUGCACUUUCCACCCUUGCCCAUCAAUGUGUACUACAUAUGGAGAUCGCCAUUACAGGACCUUUGAUGGACUUUCUUUUGAUUAUAUUGGAAACUGCAAGGUUUACCUAGUUAAGAGUUCCUCAGUUACUAGUUUCUCAGUCAUCAUAGAAAAUCUUAAUUGCUUUAACACUGGAAUAAUUUGCAGAAAGUAUAUUUUCAUCAAUGUUGGAAAAUCAUUCAUAAUAUUUGAUGAUGACACUGGAGAUCCGAGUCCUUUGAGUUACAUAGACAAACUACAACAAAUACAUAUAUGGAAAGCUGGCUUUUUUACACUUAUUCAUUUUCCUAAUGAACACAUUUCAGUAAUGUGGGAUCAACGAACAACUCUUCAUGUACAGACAGGCCCUCAAUGGCAGGGUGGUCUGGCUGGAUUAUGUGGGAAUUUUGACUCAAAAACAGUAAAUGAAAUGAGGACUCCUGAAAAUUUUGAGUUAACAAAUGCACAAGAAUUUGGAAGUAGCUGGGCAGCUGUCGAGUGUGUUGACAGCUCUGACAUUCGGCAUCCAUGCAUUUUAAAUCCACUCAGAGAACCAUUCGCCAAGAAAGAAUGUGGGAUAUUGCUAAGUGAAAUAUUUGAGUCAUGUCAUGCAGUGGUUGAUGUUACCUGGUUUUAUUCCAAUUGUUUGACGGACACAUGUGGUUGUAACCAGGGAGGAGACUGUGAAUGUUUCUGUACAAGUGUAUCAGCCUAUGCACAUCAAUGUUGUCAACAAGGAGUUACAGUAGACUGGAGAUCCCCUAGAUUGUGCCCUUACGAUUGUGAAUAUGUCAAUAAAGUUCUUGGAAAAGGUCCCUACAAGCUGGUCAGCUACUUGGACAGAGAAAUUGUAAUUGCAGCCAACCUGCUGGAUGGUUCUGUUUCUUUGGCAAAAGGAGAUGGCCUGCCUUCUGCGAAGACAGUGAACUUUAUGUUGACCUCAGGAUUAUAUAAACCCAAAGCACAUGAUCCAAACUUGGUUUCAUUUGAAACAGCUGACAGGCCAAAUUAUUUUCUCCAUUUGACUUCCAAUGGUACCCUUGUUCUUUCCAAGUGGGAAAGAAAUGAAAAUUUUCACAAUAGAUCAACCUUUGCCAUCCAUAAGAAUACAUGGCUUUCCGGAUACAAUUCUUUUGAGUCAUUUUCAGUGCCAGGAGUCUUCAUCAGCAUUUCAGGUUUUUCUGUGAAUGCUGUUAAAUACCAGCAUUCUGAGGCAUUCAGACUUUCUACACUUUUUAAACUUGUUGAUACAAAAUUUAGUCUUGUACAUUCUACCUGUGAGUGGCGCUAUGAUGUCUGCACGAGCCCUUGUUUCAAGACAUGCAGAGAUCCUUUGGCAGAACACUGUCAGGCUGUACCUAAGGUGGAAGGAUGUGUACCCAUGUGUCCUUUAUACAUGGUUCUGGAUGAAGUCACUCAACGAUGUGUCUAUUUUGAAGACUGUAUAGAGCCUGCAACAGGAGUUCAUUUUCUACCAUCCACUUCAAAGACACCCACACAUUUACACACAUCCUCUAUGACUCUUCAUACUUCUGAAGCAGUUCUGAGUAAAGAGAUUACUACAUCUCCAAGGCCCAUAUCAAAAGGCAGAGAAACAACUCAUGUAUCCAAGUGGCAGUUCAGUGCAAUAACAGAAAGAACUAAGCUUUCUACCUUUUUAUUACCAAAUAUUACAGUUUUAACCACCUUUGCAGUAUCAAAUGUUUCAGAACAUUUUACUCUGGGUACUAGUACAGUUUUGGCCCUCGCCAAAUCUAGUUUCCCCUCUGUUGAAGUCCCUAUGUCUUCUGUUGCCAUUACAGGCUCAUCACGAGAUAAACAAACAGGUAGUACAGCAAUAACUACAACCUCAUCAGUAUCUAUAAUCACUGAAGCAAAAAGCAAACCAAUUUCUACUCUAAGCAUUAUCAGGAUACCAUCAGUUAUCACAGACAGUGAAUCACCAGUCACAAUUACAGCAGUAUCCACAACUAAAUUAAAAAGCACUCCAAGCUUCCCUACCGAGGAGAUGCAAGUAAGCCUUGAAAAAAUGACAGAAAGCGUACCUUAUUCCAUAGCAACAUCAAUAACAGAAAGAACAAGUAAGUUCUUUACUAAACCAACCCCAAUGAAACCCUCGGAAAUCACAUCAUAUCCACCCAUAGUAAAUGGAACAACAACUGUAGAUAAAACAAAGCUCAGCAUAAGUCAACUGCCUAUAAUGGUUUCGAAUGACACCAUCACUUCAUUUUCUCCUACAUUUGCCACCUUAUCAACACUAAAGCCAAUUAUGAAACCAGUUCCUUCAGAAACAACAAAAACAACAUUUACUUUAACCAAGGAAGGAAUUAAAACCACAAGUAUUCCUGUACUGACACAGCUUCCUGUCACAGCACAAACUGCUUUACUUUCUUCAACUUUUAAAAAAGAAAUGGCACAAACAACAAGAAGUUCAUCUGAUCUUAUCUAUCAAGUCUAUAUUCUUUCUCUGUAUUCAGCUACAAACUCUCAAAACCUGGACAUUUUUUUUUCUACUCAAACUCUUCUGAGAGUUUUAAGUAAAACUGGAACAAUAAGUAAAUAUUCUCUGCCAAUACAGCUUAACCAGACAGAAGGUGUGAUUAUUUUACAAACCCAAUAUCUUGCUGCAACUCCGACUGUAGAAACAAUACCUCCUUCCACAAAAGUAAUCUCUAAAAUGACAACUUUCUCAGAAUCUCCCAAACCUAUUUCAGUAUCCCAGAAAACAUCUACAGAAUAUAAAGCACCUUUGUUCCUGACAACUACAAAGAUGAGUGCUGUAUCACAACCUGUUGGCUUGACAAAAUCUGAUUUCACAAAAGAAUUCACAGACAUGGCUGUCACAGUUCCACUAGUAACUAAAAGAACUCAACCUGUUCAAACAACUGGAUAUUCAUCUGCUCUGUAUGCUAUAACAAUGGGCCUUGAGACAGCACAGUCAAAAGAAAUCCCUAGUGUAUCUACAACAAGUUUAGAGUCUCCAUUACCUGAAGCUCAAAGUACAAUGACUGUUACCCUACAACCAAUAACAAUCAAAACUACAUCUUUCCCUCCCAUAUUUCCCCUUAUAACAGAAUUACAAAGCACAGUAACCUCAAGAUCAACUCCAGAAUUGACAGUGAAGGCAGCUUUAGGUGGCACUGGUAUUACUUUAUCCCCAUACCCUGAAUUUAGCAGCCAGUUAGCAACAAUAAAAGAAGUACCUUCAACAAAAGGACUAUCAACUUCCUUUACUUCCAUUACUUUUCCUCUGACGUUACGUUCUACUACACCAUACCUGGUAGGGUCAACAGGGUCUCCAUAUACUUUAACACAAAAAAUUCCUGAAAUUCCAGCCACAGCAAAACAGCCCAUUGAGACAAAAGUAUCAGUCACAACUCCAGAGGCUACACAUUCUGUUGCUACUUCUACAAUAGAAAGGGUUUCUUCCCAUGUUAAAGAAGAAUUCUCUGUUCCAUUUUUGAUGACCAAAACACUUGGGAAGCAUAUUUUUUCACCAGCUUCUAAAGCUUACUUAACAACUAAAGGCACCACUGCAGCCUAUCACUUUCCAGCUGAAGUGGCAAGAACUAGUAUCCACACUAAAAGUGCUUUUACCAUGACUGAGUCAGCAGUCAAGGUUGCAGCAUCCUUCCCUUUCCAAAGUACUUCAGAACCAGUGGUUGCUCCUUCAGCUAUAUCAGUACUUUCAACAAAAGUUCCUUUAAUAAGUAAAGCAGUACCACAGACUCUAAAAGCUGAUAUAGGUUUCCAGACAACUUUACUUACAUCAGGCAGAAAAGCUACUGAUUUCACUUCCAGCAAAAGACCUUCAUUUACUACAUCUAAAGUUACUGCAACAUUGCUGCCAUUAGCUACAAUGAUGGAUGGAGCAGUGGAUUUGACUCCUGCUGGAAAGCCAGAAUCUAGCUCAUCAACUACAAAGCAAGCAUUAACUCUUACAGAGUCUAGCACUUUAUUAGAGUCAACACCAUCUUCAUUUUUUACACCAGAAACUCUACCUGUAGGUCAGACAGAGUCACAGGAGGGGGCAUUUUUAACCCCAUUAGUAUCAACAACAAUCACAUCAUUGGGAAAGAGUGCUACAGAGGAAAUUUCAGCUUUAUCCAAGAAAGUACAAUUUUCUACUAUUUCCUACAGUUCAACAUUUCCUGCAUUUAGUGUGACAACCACUACCCCACAUUUUACAACGGAAUCAGCACCUCUGGAACUAAGUGGUCUCACAACACAGAGUGUUACAAAAUCAUUAGCAGAGAAAACAGCAGGGAUAAGGGAACCUAUUACAACAUCCUUGUUUUCAGUAUCUCCUGUUGCUUUAGAAACCAAGAAUGUUAGCUCUCUUGAAGCAGAGGCUGAUAGACAGGCACUGGUUACAGAUCUUUCAGAACUGCAUUUGCUCACCAAACAGUCAACUUCCUUUUCUUCACUUGGUUCUACCAUCCUAACCACAACAUUUAGAACACCAUCUGCAGCAGAGGUGCUCACAUUUUCAACAAGCUCAAUUCCAGUAACAGUUUUUCCAAAUGCUACAGCUGCGACAUCCUUUUCCACUUAUUUUUCUACCAAGCCAAUAUAUGAGUCUACUACAGAACAUUCUCUGGAAUUAGCAACAGUUGAAGCUGUUUCUGCAGUUACAGCAUCUGUUUUCAUACCCUCUAAAGAACCAACAGCAUUACCAACAUGUAUUCCAAUUUCAGAGAAUGAAUGCAUAAAGCACAUUUGCUUAGAUGGACAACUAAUCCAAGUUAAUAGAUCACAGAACUGCCCAUACAAUGCAACACAGCCUGGCUGUGGAUUUCUAGGAUUUGCUGUUCAAAUUAAUGGAGAUAAAUGCUGCCCCAAAUGGGAAUGUGCAUGUCGUUGUACAGUCUUCUCUGAUCUGACCUAUAUCACCUUUGAUGGGCACCAUUUGGCUUUAUUUAAGGAAGCAUCCUAUGUUGUUGCCCAAACUUCAGAUGAAACUAUAAGCAUCCAUGUCACUGCCUGCAGGAACAUGCCUAUGGACAUUUUAGCCUCCAGUAAGCUGUGUCUGGUAUCACUUAAUUUAACAUAUUCAUCUAACCAGAUUAUUGUUGACCGUUUAAACAGAAAGAUUGCAGUAAACUCAAGAUAUGCAUGGCCUACAGUUCGGAAAUAUGGAUUCAAAAUUGAGGACACUGGUUUCAUGUAUUUGAUUGAAACCCCCACAAGUAUUAGAAUUCAGUGGUUUCACAACACUGGUGUCAUGGUAAUAGAACUUAAUGCAACCAGCAAUUCGAAAGCUAACGGACUAUGUGGUUUCUGUGAUGGAAGCUCAACAAAUGACCUCAUGCUACCUAACAGGACUGUUGUAAGUUCUGUAGAUGCUUCAGUUAUCUUUGUGGAUAGCUGGCAGGUGCCAAACACACUGAAGUACGUUGGAGAACCAAGAAGCCGGGAAGCAAACUGUUCCAUUAUGGACUGUUCAUUUUGUUUAAAUAUAUUGUUGAACCAGACUUUCAGCAGCUGCCAUCCUUAUGUUUCCCCAGAUUCUUUUUGUGAUUUGUGGGUCCAAGAUACAGAAUAUAUUCAAAAUCCUUGUAUAGCACUGGCUGCCUAUGUAGCCAUGUGUAACAAAUUUAAUAUCUGCAUAGAAUGGAGGAGCUCCAAUUACUGUCCAUUUUCCUGCUCAGGAGGUUUUCAUUAUAAGGCUUGUAUACCUGCCUGUGAUACACCUGUUACUUGUCAAAAUAUGGACCCAGUACUUCAGGAUUCAGAUUUUUGUUUGAUACUCACAGAGGGAUGUGUCUGUGCAGAAGGAAACAUCCUUCACCGGGCUCAUUCUGCUUUGUGCAUUCCAGAAGAGAAGUGUGCUUGCACAGACAACUCUGGAGUGCCCCGUGCAUUGGGUGAGACUUGGAAAACCUCUCUUAGUGGAUGUUGCAUGUUCAAGUGUGUUGAGAAUGAGACUAUUACUCCUGUGGAGUAUAAUUGUUCAAUUAGUCAAGAUGUCGAAUGCCAGCAUUUUGGAGAAGUGGCCUUAAUUGUUCCUGAUGAUCAGACAUGCUGUCCUCAGAAAGUCUGUACUUGUAAUCAGAGCCUCUGUGAAACAUUGAUUCCUAAAUGCAAAGAUCUAGAGAAGCUAGCUACGUAUUACCGUGAUGAUUCUUGCUGUCCCAGUUACGCCUGUGAAUGUGAUCCAACAAAAUGUGAGUCCAUGGAACAAAUUCCAAACUGUCAACCAGAUCAAACCCUGAUUGCUGCCCAUGUGGAAGGCUCCUGUUGUGUAUCCUACAUCUGUGCGUGUGGUAUUUGCUCUGAUCAAAUUCCAAAGUGCCUGGAAGGAGAAGUUCUUACUGUGGAUGGCAAUACUACAGACAGGUGCUGCCCUUCUUACCAGUGUGUGUGUGAAACCUACCGUUGUCCUGAAUUCAAAUGUGUGCUAGGUAUGUCCUUGGUAGAAGUUUGGAGUCCAGAAAAGUGCUGUCCAUAUCGUACAUGUGAGUGUGCAUGUGAUACAAUUCCUACAACUCAAUGUAAAUUGGGAGAGAAACUGAUUAUAGAUGAACAAUUCCAGAACAGCACGGAAAAUAUUUGUCAUUGUACUAAGUACAAAUGUUUGAGAGACAAAGUGUGCUUGAACAAUGAGAGAGGUGUUCUGCUUCCAGGACAAUCCAUUGUUGAACACACACCUGAUGGUGUUUGUUACACUUCCUAUUGCACAAAUGUCAUUGAUCCUGUUACCAAAUACUUCCGGAUCAAUAUCUCCUCUGUAGACUGUGUGGCAAGGUGCAGAUUGAACCAGGUCUAUGAACCCCCCAGAGAUUUAACAACCUGCUGUGGACAAUGCAAGAAUGUGUCUUGUGUUCACUCUUUCAGCAAUGGAACAGUUUCACAUUUUAAGCCUGGUACGAGCUGGGUUUCGAACUGUGUCAGAUACGAUUGCACAGAUACACCAGUUGGACCUGUACUAAUUACAUCUUCUGUCAGCUGUCCACCCUUUAAUGAAACAGAGUGUGUGAAGGUUGGAGGAUAUAUUGUACCAUUCCUAAAUGGAUGCUGCAAAACAUGCAAGGAAGAUGGGAAAUUUUGUAAAAAAGUAACUGUUAGAAUGACAAUACGCAAGAACGACUGCCGAAGUAACACACCAGUAAACAUUGUUUCCUGUGAUGGAAAAUGCCCUUCAGCCAGUAUAUAUAAUUAUAACAUCAAUGCAUAUGCAAGAUUCUGCAAAUGCUGCAGAGAACUUGGACUGCAUAGACGAAAUGUGCAGCUAUAUUGCAGUAGCAACUCGACCUGGGUCAGUUACACAAUUCAAGAACCCACAGACUGUUCUUGCCAGUGGUCAUGAAAUGAUGCUAAAAGAAGUCAAGAAAUUAAUUUUACUCCAAGAAUUAAAAAAAUACUAUUGACAUCUCAACUUUUGAAAAUAGAGUUGCCCACUUUUACAAACAACCACAAUUUAAAUAUGUAUCAGUCCCCUGGUUUCUGGUAUGCUGUUUAGCUCAGUUUUCAGCAGCAAAUGACACAUUUUUGAACACAGUCCCACAAACUGCUCCUUUCAAGCAUUCCAUGCACUGCAUAUGAAUUCAUAUGACACUAAUGGCCAGUUUUCAGGAAUGUUUAACAGGUGUGGUAAGUAGUCUACUCAUUGAGCAAUGUGAUAUGUGAGGAGAGAAUGCACAUGAUACCAUGGCAGCAGUUAUGAUAAACGGGAAGUAAGUUUUCAAACUUCCCUGUUCAAUAAAGUUGGUUUUACAGUAUUAUGAGUAUUCCUUAUUCAUAUCUUACACUCUUUGUAUGAGCAUUCAAUCAUCUGAAUUAUUAAAUAUGCAAUUAAGUAGCUGACUAAUAUAUGAAUCAGCCUUUAGAACUGUUACACAGAAUGGCUCUGAACCAACUGUUAUAGACUGGUCUCUGGGUGUAACUAGUGCAUACCCAAGUGUUGCCAAUUCAGGGUUGAAAGAUGGACCUCGCAGUGCAGGUCAUGAUGUACAUAUAAAAGCACAGCCAUAUAACCUGUGCAUCUGUUGACUGCUCCUACUGCAUACAGCUCUCCUUUACUGGAUCAGGAUAAAUGGGUUACUCUUAGACCAUAUUUUUAUAGCUAGACAUUUUAUUACUUAUCCUUUUUAAUCAAUUGUUACAGCACAAGUCAACGUUUUGCAGGAUUGGGGCCUUGUUAAUUUCAUAAAGUUCUUGUGAUAUGUGCCAACUUUCAAAAGGAAUGGGAUUGCCUUUGGAAGACACAGUGAGGUGGAUGGUUUAGUAUUGCUUUCAGUUGCAUUCUGGUUCAAUUAGUGUAAAUAGCACCACUGCUUUCUCAAGACUUUUCUAGUGGUAAAAUGUCUAGAAUUUCUUGCAGUUCUGGAAUGUAAACAUAUUGGAUACUUUACAAUGAUAAUUGUAAUAUAGAUUUUCAAGGCUGUUCAGUAUAAAUUACACUGAGAAUACAAAAGAAGGCAAAUGAUACAAUUAUAGGCAUUUUUAUCAGGGAAAUAUUUUCAAUAUUAAUAAUUAUAUAUGUAUGUAUAUACAAAUUCCCUGGUAUGUAAUACAGUAUUUUAUGCAGUUAUGUGAAAGCAUAUUUUGUAGGAAAUAUAGAGCUAUUGUUUUGACAUUAGCUUGCUUAAAUAUUACCCAUCUUUUGCCUUGUGAAGCAUGUCAUAUUGCCCAAGUGACUUGCUCAUUUUUGUAAAGAGGGUGGUCACAAUCUAGAGAACUCAUAUGAGGAUAGUGAUUCCCCCCACCAGGAAAAAAAACUCCAGCAGCUUUCUUUUGCUACAGCGCAAGCUGCUUUUGAAAAUCACAUGAAUUUUAAAAACAGUUUACAAUAUAGCUUGGCUACUCAAAGGAAACAACUUGAAAAUGAAUGCUGCUGGACACACCUGAGUAGCUUUCUGAAUGGUAACUACUUUACAUUUCAAAUCAAAUGGAAAGAUAUAUACGAUUUUUGUCAUUGGAACAAAUACUCAAGACUUUAUUUGGUCAAAUAUAUUGUUAGAUUUAUUUAAGGUGCUGUUUAUUAACGAUAUUUUAUGAAACUAAGGCAAAUAAAAUUAUUUAGAAAAGCUUCCAAUAUCUUAGCCUAGCUUUUAAAAACAGUUUAAUAUAGCUACAUUGGAAAUCUUAUGGUUUUAAAACAACCAAUCUCUAAGCUUAUGACAGGAUAUUGUUUCUCAAAGAAACAAUGUAUCAAAAAGUAAAACAUCUUUAAAUCUUUAUUUAAGACAUGCCAUUUGGUAUUUCUACCUUGGCCUUAAAGAAGUUAUGGAGUUUGCACAGCAGAAGUAAUCAGCAGGAUACCAUCACUAAACCUCCCAAAAUACCCAUAUGUCAGACUGGUGAUUCAUUUUACCUCAAUCUAAUUGCUUGUAAUCUGGUGCUUUACUAAUAAGGAUCCCAUAAUCCACUAAUAGAUUUUGACUAUUCUUCUGAGAGUACCUGAUAAUAAAAGUUGUAAUUAAAUCAAAAAGGAUUAAAGGAAAGGUCACAAAAAUGUGUUCACUAUUUUUUUAACAUACUCUAUGUUAUUCACUGUAAUAAACAGGAAGGCUUAUAUUGAUACAGUUAUGGUAGUUGUUCUGCUAAUGGUGUCAAAUAUAACAAUACAUUUGUACAUCUGUAUCCUGUAUGUAUAUUCUGGUUUUGCAGCCCACCAGUCAACUUUUAGUAUAUAACUUUCCCAUGCAGCAAUUUCAUUUCUUCCAAGGCAUCUAUUUUAUUCUGUCCCAACAACAUUUAUACCAUAAAUGUCAGAUUUUUACAUUAAAUUAUAAAAAUUAAAAACAUCAUCAUGUUAUUUGUCAUGUAAAUACUAAGAAACAACUCUUUAAAAUGGUAUUAAUGUGUGAGGCUCUCUACCCCAUGACAAUUAACUGAGAACCCAGAGGAAGAAGGUUUUGAGGGUAGUCCACCAUCCUUAAAAUGGUCUUGUGAUAUAUUCACAAUUUAGAAUGAAACAAUUAUAAAAGCAUCUAUGUUUUAAAAUAAAAAAAUCUGCAUGAAUAUCA